AUGGACACCAUCACUCUCCCCACUGCGGCAGACAUGCACAUUCACCUCCGUCAGGGCUCGCUCAUGACCAUGGUCACCCCCGCCGUCGCCGAGGGUGGUGUCUCGAUCUGUUACGUCAUGCCCAACUUGCAGCCUACGAUCUCGAACACGGAGAUGGCUGUCGCCUACAAGGCUGAGUUGGAGGCCCUGUCGCCCAAGGUCACCUUCCUCAUGUCGCUCUACCUCAACCCCGCCCUCACCCCCGACGAGAUCCGUAAGGCCGCCAAGGCUGGUGUUCGCGGUGUGAAGUCGUACCCCCGCGGUGUGACGACUAAUAGCGAGUCGGGCAUUGAGAGUUACGACAUCUACUACCCCGUCUUCCAGGCCAUGGAAGAGGAGGGUAUGGUCCUCAACCUCCACGGCGAGAUCCCCAGCGACCCCGACAAGAACGUGUGUGUGAUGAACGCCGAAGAAAAGUUCUUGAGCCACUUGAAGGACAUCCACCUGGCCUUCCCCAAACUCAAGAUCAUCCUCGAACACGCCACCACCGAGGCUGCCGUCAAAAUGGUCAAGUCCCUCGGUGACACUGUCGGAUGCACGAUCACCGUCCACCAUUUGCAGUUGAUUGUGGAUGAUUGGGCAGGCAAGUGCCAUAACUUCUGUAAGCCUGUGGCCAAGUAUCCCAGCGAUCGCGCGGCGCUUCGUAACGUUAUCAAGGAAGGCAAAUUCUUCCUCGGAACAGACUCAGCACCCCACCCCUCUCACAGAAAGGAAGGCCCCGACUCCUGCGCAGGAGUCUUCACAACCCCCCUCGUCCUCCCCUACCUCGCAACAAUCCUCGAAUCCUUCGGUGCCCUCGACCGUCUCCGUGGAUUCGCCUGCGAUUUCGGACGAGCAUUCUAUGAGGUCAAGAACGAAAAGUGGGUUGGAGAGGUUAAGCUUGUCCGUGAGGAAUGGAACGCGCCCCAGAAGUACAGUUUCGGAGGCGAGGGCAUUGUGGGAGAGAAGGGUGAUGUUGUGCCUUUUAUGGCUGGCAAGCCCCUUGGAUGGAAGAUUGCUUCUAUCAACUAA